AUGUCACAUACUGAUGGCGCGCUCGGCGCCGUCCAAGGUUCAGAAGGUGCUAACUUUUCGAAUGGCUGUGAUUGGAACACUGAUGACGAGCUUGAGGUGUUUGGCUUGGCUUAUUCGGAUCCAACAACCGAUUCUAGUCAAGAGAGCUUUGAACAAAGUGUGGUGGAGAGUAGUGCAAGUUGCUCAGGUGCUAAAUAUUCCAAGCAGAUUCACCUAUUUGUGGGAAUGGGAUUUUCCAAAGAGACAGUGAUCAAAGCAAUUGAUGAAAAUGGAGAUGGGAAUGAGGAAGACAUUAUGGAAACUCUGUUAAAUCUUACCACACAAAAGCCCUUUUCAUUGGAGAAUGAUGAAACACUGUCCAUACUCAUGAAUAUGGGAUACUCCAUAGAUGAGGCGUUGACAGCUAUAGACAAAUGUGGUCCUAAAGCCCAAAUAUGUGACCUGGCGGAUUUCAUUUGUGCUUCUCAGUUAGAAAAGAAAACUGUCUCCCUUCAAGAUCCAACUAACAAUAGGCAUGAUGCAUCUAUUUGUAUGAAUAAAAAGCCAAGUGAUGAAUCGGAUCUUCAUACAAGUAAGAGAGUAAAAUUACACAAUAACAACCGGAAAGACAGAAUCUGCAGGCCGAGUGAGAAGAUGACAUCAGCAAUUGAUAUGGGGAUGAUGCAUCAUUCCCAUCCAAUGACAGGAUUUGGUAUACCCAAUGAAGCCAGUUCACUGAUUUCAAGAAAGCUUUCAAGAGAAGUAGCAGAUAAACCAUAUUUCUAUUUUGAAAACGUGGCUAUUGCUCCAAAAGGAGUUUGGAAUAAUAUGUCACGUUUCCUAUAUGAGAUUGAGCCAGAAUUUGUUGAUUCCAAAUACUUUUGUGCUGCAACGAGGAAAAGAGGGUAUAUCCAUAAUCUUCCCAUCCACAACCGCUCCCCCCUGCUUCCUAUCCCACCACUUACUAUUCAAGAGGCUUUUCCAGCAACUAAAAAGUGGUGGCCCUCAUGGGACAAAAGAACAAAGCUCAAUUGCCUUCUGACUUGCGUGGCUCCUGGCACAGUUACAGAUAGAAUAAGGAAAAUCCUUGAAAAUUUUGAUGCUGAACCUCCUCCAAAUGUACAAGAUAAUGUACUUCAAGAGUGUAGAAAGUGGAACUUGAUGUGGGUUGGGAAAAAAAAAUUGGCUCCUCUUGAACCUGAUGAAUAUGAGAAGUUACUAGGAUUCCCAAGGGAUCACACCAGAGGUGGUGGAGUCACCCGGACAGAGAGAUUCAGGGCACUUGGCAAUGCAUUUCAGGUUGAUACCGUGGCCUACCAUCUUUCAGUGUUGAAGGGUCAUUUUCCAAACGGCAUCAAUGUCCUGUCUCUCUUUUCUGGCAUUGGAGGUGCCGAGGUUGCUCUUGAUCGACUUGGAAUAAUGCUUAAAAAUGUGGUGUCUGUGGAAAAAGCCGAGGUGAACAGAAACAUCAUUCGCAGUUGGUGGGAGCAAACUGACCAAAGGGGAAAUCUAAUUGAGAUUGAUGAUGUUCAGAAAGUCUCUUCAAAUCAGCUGAGGCAGUGGAUGACCAAAUUUGGUGGAUUUGACCUCAUCAUUGGUGGCAGCCCCUGCAACAACUUUUCUGGCAGCAACAGAGUUAGUAGACAUGGGCUAGAGGGAGAGCAAUCCUCACUUUUUUACGACUAUUUUAGGAUUGUUGAUGCAGUAAUGGAUAUACAGAGAAAUGAGCUUCAGUGAGACAAGAAAUACAAAAGUGGAUUUUGUUAAUUCUCACUUUUGUACGUAACCAAAUUCAAGGCACAACUGAAAAUUAAGUAGGAACAAUAGGAAGAGAAUCCAAUAGAUACACAAUUUUGUUCUAAUUUUGAUGUUUUGGUAAUUCUUUUUUAUGUUCAUUUGGUAUCGCCUGGUUUUGCUUACAUCCAUGCGAAAGCGAGUUUUGUUUUCUUAGUUCAAAGGGAAGAAGAAAAUGUAAAUGUUCUUCUAUGCUAACCGAUGU